CGUGUAUGGAUAUAUAAGAUAUUGGAUCAACAUUGUAUUGUAUGUACGUAAUAUUCAACGAUUGAAUUAUUUCGCGGGAUGGAAAAAGGGCCGAAAACUAAACCGACAGCAGUGUAAGAACUGCAGUAGCAACUUUCGAAAGAAUUGGACUCGUUUUGUAUGAUCCGCUGGUAUUAUGCCCUUUUACUUGGUGCGGCUUCAGAUUCUGCCCUCAUGAACCUUUUCUCACGUGACAACUAAUAGCCACAGUUUUCACUAAUAAAUGAUGAUGACCCUAUACUUAGAUGCGCAUUUACAACUUGAAGGUGCGUGAUAAAAUAAUAUCAAGAAAGCCUCGAGCCAUAAUUGCGACAAGCAAAUAUGGUAUUAAGUAUCAUCCUCGUCAGCCCCAUGAUCAUCAUCAUCAGCAGCAGCAGCAGCAGCAGCAGCAGCAGCAGCAGGGGAUUCUUUCCCAGUCUCCGCGCGCAGCAUGGCAACAGACCAUACGAACGACUUGCUCUCGCAAGCUCUACUUUUAUGUCUACGCAACAUAUAAGGUGUACGUAAUACAGUGUAGCAGUGUUGAGUUAUCAUUGGCUCAGUUAACUCACCGAGAACUGGCGAAGGUGGUGGUGGUGCGCUGCUGCUGCUGCUGCUUCUUCACUCUACGACCGGUCGGCUGCACUCACGACUCGCACUCGACUCGUGAUACUGUCGCGGCUACUACUAUACUAAUAGCGCUCUGGUACUACCCCUCGUAGCCGUCGCUCAUCGGCCAUCGCCGACGUCAGCGUCGUCGGUAUAACAUGCCGAUGCAGCUCUUCCGCCAUCAUCGCAACGUUCGAUAGUCGAGUCGUCAUAGGUAUAAUUUGGACCGUCCGCUAGCCGCAUACUGGUCUCUCGGAAUGCUCGUCUUGUCGCCCUACUGCACGAUCCACUCUAGCUUGUAUGUAUCGUACAACAUGUUACAAUCUGGCAAGUAAUUUCGAGACAAAGCUUAGAACGCGAUUAUGCACUACGGCUAUAUGACAGUGAUAUUGAUAUAGCAGACGACGACGUCCUCUACUGGAGCAGCAAGAAUAUAGGCGGCGUCCCCAUCGAAGUGCUGCGCAGGGCCCAGGGGGCGGGCGGCAGUCUCGUGCUGCCGCGUAACGACGCGACUCGCAGUUUUUCGUUCCCUUCGCUCGCGGUAUUAUACCUAUACUAUAUAUAAUAGCACUUGGACGCUUGGAUGGACGCGAGGGUACAAUGCAAGAUGAAGUAAGACGAUCUAUUUAAAAAUGUUGGGUUUAUUGUUUAUACGCUUGGAUGGACGCGAGGGUACAAUGCAAGAUGAAGUAAGACGAUCUAUUUAAAAAUGUUGGGUUUAUUGUUUAUAAAUAAUAAAAAUUUGAAUGGGCGAUACAAACGUUCAAGUAUGUACAAACAACAAAAUUAUCAAUGAAUAUAAAAAACUUUAAAUAUUUACAAUUAAAACGAAGUUUUGAUAUAACGAAUAAAAACGAUAUUGGUAAUUUAGUCCAUAAAAAGGAAGAAUUAAUAACUAUGAACCUGACUCAACACAUGACAUGCAAUCAAGUAUUAAAAGACUUGAUAUCAUUAGCUGCCAUCUCGACUAAAUCUAAUUCUAGUUUAAUGCAGUUGUGCAUUAAGGUUAUUAUUAGUAAACAAAACUUGAUUUCAUGGAUCAUUGGCGCGUCAUACCUAUAUGUAAUCUUGCACAAACAUCUAGUUUCUUGACUCGCGCACGGCACAUACGACUGGAGAUUGUAUAGGAUAGGUAUAGUGGUAUUGUAUGACUUGAAUUGAAUAAUAAACUUGGAGCAAUUUAUAGGA